AUGAUACAAAACAAUGGUUUCGAAAAGUCUUCAUCUUCUCAAACAACAUCACCAUUAUCAACAUCUUCACCAUAUAAAGCAAGACAAGAACAUUUACCCUAUUCUACAUUUUUCAAUUCAUCUGCUGAAACAAACCAUCAUCAUCAUACACCAUUUGUAUUAAAUGAUAAUAAUAGUAAUCAUAAUAAUCAUAAUAAUCAUAAUAAUAAUGUAAAUUCAUCACCUUCAACAAGUAAAUUAAAAGGAUGUCAAUGUAUAAUCAAUCAACAUUUAAAAAGUUUAAAUGUACCAGUCAUGACAAAUGGUAAUGGAAAUAGUAGUAAUAGUAGUAACAAUACAACACCAACAUCACCAACUUACUUUGAAUCAAAGAAAAAGGAAAAGCAAAUAUCAAAUGAAAAUGGAAUGGAUAUUGAUACUUGCCAAACAACAAUUUUAUCACCUUUAUCUUCUUCUUCUUCUUCUACUCCUCCUACUCCGAUAACUGCUUCAACAACAUCACGUGUUUUAGAAUUAUCAGUUAAUCCUCUUCCAGUUUCAACGCCACCAACAACACCAACAACAACAACAACGACAACAAUGACAUCAAUUGAUUCGAAUCAAUUAAUACCAGAGGCUAAAUUAUUAGAUUCAUCUGUAGCAAGUUCACCAUUUAUGGUAAAUUCAAAAGAAGUUGAAUGUUUUGAGCGAAUCCUAAUGUCUACACAUGAAAGCUUUUUCAAUAAUGUAGUAGAAUCACUCAUUCAAUUACUUGGUAGUAGGAACAAAUGUAUUACCAUUGCAUCAAUCUAUGACUAUGGUGUAUGUGAUGUCAUUAUUCAAUUUGAUAAUGGUAUCGUUUCUUCAUCCUAUUCAUAUGAUUCUGGAACUCUAAAAAAUAGUAAAGAUUUUAAACCUUAUUUCGAUCAACCAAAUGUCAUUCGUAUUCCUCUAGAAAGUCAAAAUCAUAUCUAUGGUGAAAUUAAAAUUUCCCCAAUCUCUUUAAAUGAAAAAAAUUUAAUUAUUGAUGGUUUAAUUUCAAAAUUUAUAAUUAAACAUACAAGUUAUGAAGUUGAAAGAAGAAUUCAUCAAUCAUUAUUAAAUAUGAUUAUUGAAUGUACCAAUGCAGAUAGUAUGAGUUUUUUUAAUUUAUUAACUCAACAAUUAUGUAAAGUUUUAGAUGCAAAUUUUGCAGCAGUAUCAUAUUUUUAUCCACCAAAUAGAUGUAUAACUUUAUCAUUUUGUAACAAAAAUUCAUUAAUUGAAAAUUUUGAAUAUGAUGCUCAAGGUACUCCAUGUGAAUUGGUUGUAAAUGAAAAGAAAAUUAUUUCCUUUUCUGAAAAUUUAGUAGAAUUAUUUCCAAGUGAUCAAUGGAUUCAAGAUAAUUUUAUAAAAUCAUAUCUUGGAAUACCAAUAUUUAAUACCAAAGGAGAUGUGAUUGGAUUAAUUUUUUCAGUUGGUGAAAAUUCUCUUAGACCCAUUUCUCAUACGACUUUAAUGUCACUUUCAAAGAGAGCUGCAGCAGAGAUGGAACGUAUCAAAGUAAAACAACAAUUGGUACUAUCAAAAACAGUAUUGGAUCAAUUUCCAUCGUGUAAACCACUUUCUUUUUAUCAUCAACAAUUACAUAAAAAACAACAACAAGAAAAGGAAACCCAAUCAAGAUAUUUUUCAAAUAGUACUACAUUAUUAUCAAUGUUGUCAAGUUUAUUAAAUGACAGUAAUAAUAAGAGUAUAUCGGCAGAAUUACAAUUAUUUAAAAAAGUUCAAGAUCAAGAUGACGAUCAAGAUGAAAUUUUGGAAGAGGAAAAUGGAUCGACCGAUUUAUCAUUGGAUGUAUUUAUAAAAGAAUUAUUUGAUGAAAAUAAUACAAGUUUGGGUUUCAUGGUUGUAUUUAGAGAUAUUACUGCAAGUAAAGCAAUUCAAAGUUCUCUAGAAGAAGCAAAUAAUCAACUUUCUAUAAAAUCUCAACUUGAAAUUCAAAAAAACAAAGAAUUAAUAGAUGCCAGAGAUAGAGCUUUAAAAGCUAUUAAAAUUAAAACUCAAUUUACUGCUACUAUUAGCCAUGAAAUUAGAACACCUUUAAAUGGAUUAAUUGGAAUGACAGAAAUGUUAUUAACAACAAAUUUGACAAAAGAACAAAGAGAGAUUGCAGAGACGAUACAAAAGUCUGGAGAUAUAUUACAUUCUGUAACAUCGGAUGUAUUGGAUUUUAGCAAGAUAGAAGAAUCAAAGUUGGAAUUGGAAAUGAUAGAAUUUGAUUUUAUUGGUUGUAUUGAAAAUACUUUAUCUACUCUGUCAAUGUCUUGUGUAGAUAAACCAAUCGAAUUUUUAUUACAUUUUGAAGAUAACGUAGCAAUUAAAAUUAUUGGAGAUCCAAUUAGACUACGUCAAAUCAUUUUAAAUGUUGGAUCAAAUGCAGUCAAAUAUACAAAUCAAGGUCAUAUUUAUACUCAUGUUUCAAUAUUGGAAAGAGUAAAUGGAAAGAUAAAGAUUAAAGUAUCUGUCGAGGAUACUGGUAUUGGUAUCCCUACCGAAAAAAGGGAUCGAUUAUUUGAACCAUUUUCUCAAGUCGAUGCAUCCAUUACACGUCGUUAUGGAGGAACUGGUCUUGGACUUGCCAUUUGUGAUAGAUUGACAAAAUUAAUGAAUGGUGAAAUGACUCUGGAAAAAAGUGUUGAAGGUCAAGGUUCAACUUUUUCAAUGACUGGUAUUUUUGAAGAAAUUCCAAAUAGUUGUAAUAUUGUUGAUUUUAAAAUUCAUCAAAAUUAUCAAGUACAAAAUAAUAAUAAUAAUAAUAAUAAUAAUAAUAAUAAUAAUAAUAAUAAUUCAUUUCAAUAUUUAUGUUUAUUGAUUGGAAAUUAUCAAUUAACAACAGAUGUAGUUUGUAAAAAUUUGGAACAAAUAUUUAAUCUACGAGCACUACCAUUAAAACCUAGUGCAUUGGAAGAUUUUUUAAAUAAUACAAAUGUCGAUCAAAAUAGUACAAUGUUUAAUAAUCAAAACCUUAGAAUGGUGAUGAUUAUUCAUCCAGAGACUAUGGAUAUUAAUGUUUGGAACAAGUAUGCAUUUGAUACUGCAACCUAUUAUCAAAACAAAAAUCGUAGUAUCAAAGUUAUAUUUGUAACUAGUUAUGCAAAUGCUAAAAAGUUGCCCAAGAAUCCUCCCUACAUCCAUCUAAACAAACCACUCUCUAUCAUCAAUACAUCUAAAAUUCUAUUCCACGAGGAAUGUGUUGAUGAAAUGAUCGAACAAGUUAGAACUGAACAACAACAAAAAGAAAAAGAAAAAGAAAAAGAAAAGGAAAAGGAAAAUGAAAAGGAUAUCUGUCAACCAACCACCAAUCAAAAACCAAUGGUUUUACGUGAUCCUGUACCAAAGGUUUUGGUAGUAGAAGAUAAUAUUGUCAAUCAAAAAUUAAUAUCUAUGCAAUUAAAUCGUUUGGGUUAUAGUUGUGAUGUUGCAGAUGAUGGUCUAGAUGGUUUCGAAAUGUUUAAAAAAGGAAAUUAUAAAUUAAUUUUAUUGGAUUUACAAAUGCCUCGUUGCGACGGGGCACAAGCAAGUUCAUUAAUUAGAUCAUUCGAAGAAGUAACAAGUAAAUCAAAAGCUAUUAUUGUAGCAUUGUCUGCUACAGUUUUGGAAUUUAGUAAAGAGUAUUGUUUAAAUGUUGGAAUGGAUUCUUUUUUAACAAAACCUCUAAAAUUAAAUCAAUUAAAACAAUUAUUGGAUGAUUAUAACAUUUAA